CUCAUAGAUUGUUGAUAACUUUCUCCUCCUCAAAAAGGUGUCUUUACAAAAUUGUGAAGGUACUGAUGAUAUCACCCAUGCCAUUUUUCGUGCUAGUAUGCGUGUUUUGUUGCUACAAGUUUUGCCUAAACGGCAAAAAGACAUAAAUAUGGCUUUCAAGCAUCAUUGAGCACUAGAUUACAUCAUUACACACAUUCCGUAUCAAGACUACAACAAAAUGUGAGCCUUUUCCCCAAUAUGCCAUAAAAUGCAUGCAUUUUCUUCUCUACAAUUUGAAUUUGCAGGCAUGAACAUCCUCUCAAAGCUUGCAUUGGAUUCUGGCAUGAAUCCUUAUAUCCAUGUUGCCUACCGUCAGAUGUUUGCUUCAGUCACCCUCGGCCCUUUGGCAUAUUUCGUCGAAAGAGGGAAAAGACCUCGAAUGACUUGGUCGAUUUUUAUCCAAAUUUUCUUCUGUUCGAUUUUUGGGUUGACAGCAAACCAAAUCACAUACUUUGUUGGUUUAAAGAACUCGACGCCAACCAUUGCAUGUGCGUUAUCAAAUCUCCUUCCAGCACUCACUUUUGUCCUUGCCGUCAUCUUCAAGCAAGAAAAUGCAAAGUUAAAGACAUUGGCUGGACAAGCAAAGUUGAUGGGAACAUUAAUCGGGGUGGGGGGUGCCAUGCUCUUGUCUAUGUACCAUGGACCUGUUGUACCAAUUGGUGAAUCAGGCAUUGACGUAAACAUUAUGAAGAAUACGAUCACCAAAGAUCCGAAUGGGGAUACUCAAGGGAAUCUCAUUGGUCCAAUUUUAAUCAUCAUCAGUGCUUUCACUUGGGCAAUUUGGUUUAUUAUCCAAGCAAGAAUGGGCAACAUGUAUCCAGCACCCUAUUCGAGCUCAGCGUUGAUGAUGGCAAUGGCCACAUUUGAAUGCUCAGUAUUUGGUCUGAUCAUGGAGCCGCACUUGCAUGAAUGGUCUCUUGUUCCACCCAUCAGGGCCAUCUCAUGUAUUUACUCGGGAGUCGUAUGUUCCGGAAUAGGCGUUUGCAUGAUGUCAUGGUGCAUCGAUAAAAAAGGCCCCCUCUUUGUUUCUGUGUUUAGCCCCUUAUUGUUGGUCAUCGUUGCAGCACUCAGCUGGGCACUUCUACGUGAAAAGUUAUACCUUGGAACGCUGCUAGGGUCACUCAUGAUCGUGUUGGGACUGUAUUGUGUGUUGUGGGGAAAGAGCAAGGAAAUGGAGUUUGUGCAAAAGGAAGAAGAGUUACAAGACACAAAGGAGGAUAUGGAAAUGCAGUGAUCAUAUAUUAAACUUUGAAAUAAAAAUAUAUUAAAAUGAAAAAUGGUUUCAAUUUCUAGUUGUUGAGUUCUAUCAUAAGCAUAUUUGUCGUAUCCAUUCACAAUAAUUAAAUAGAAUUACUUAGAGGAAGCUUUGGUAUUUGAUAGAAUUAGUAGGACUCCUAAUGUUUUCUAAUUAAGUUCCAUUCUUGUAGUUUAAUAUUAGCUGAUGAAAAAUUAAAAGCACCAUGUUCACUGAUUUGCCUAUGUUAAACGUUUCAUCCUAUUGUUAAAACACGUGAAUAAAAUAAUACGUGUUAAAAUACG